CCUGCCCUCUUCCAGAAACCAGCCGUGCUCUGCUCACUUCUCUGUAGUCUCUCUCUCUCUCUCUCUCUCUCUGAGCCCAGUGCUGCGCAUCAGACUCUCACGAGCCUCACGAACAGGAUCAAGAAACCACCACCAUGUCGACGGUGAGCCGUGCGUCCCUCGACCAGAAGCUUGCCCUCGCCAAACGCUGCUCCCGAGAGGCGACCAUGGCAGGGUUUAAGGCAGCAGCUGUAGCAACCGUCGCCUCUGCAGUUCCCACCCUGGCGAGCGUGAGGAUGCUGCCAUGGGCGAAGGCCAACAUCAACCCCACCGGACAGGCACUCAUCAUCUCCACGGUUGCCGGGAUGGCCUACUUCAUCGCCGCCGACAAGAAGAUCCUGUCGCUGGCGAGACGGCACUCGUUCGAGAACGCACCGGAGCACCUCAAGAACACCUCUUACCAGGGCACCGGCAGGCCACACCCGGCCUUCUUCAGGCCUUGAUUGAGGAUAAACAAAGCAAACCAUGCAAGAUUAUUUGUUCUACUGUUGUAUGUGUAGUAAUCCAGCUAUUUCAUGCAAUAAUCAGGCCCCUGCAAUGCAGACCAGCAGGUAGGUAGCUUGCUCUGCGAGCUAAUUAGCAUAGCUUAGCUUCUGUAUUAUCUGCCGUAGGGUGGUUGCAGUCUGCGGUGAACAUGCAUGGAUUAUAUCCAUGCUGUGUAGUGUGUACUAGCUAUAGCUACAUACUAUUGUCUGUAACAUCUUUUAUCGCCAUCAAGGAAAAUAUGAAAUACUAGCCCUUAUUGGCAUGGUGUACUUUGUGCA